AAUGCUUGUAGAUGCUGAGGAAUACAGUGAUACCAGAGGCACCAAUGUUCAAACCUGAGUUUCCACCUCAAGAACCAGAAGCUGAAGUUGUUCUCGUGAAUGAGGAUGGGAAGGCUGAAGAAAGAGUUGAAUUAGCGUUGAAGCUUCUUCCAGACUACGACCCCUCCAAGAGUUGGAGUGCUGAUUCUUUUUCACCUUUCCACUAUUGGAGAAUUCGAGAUUAUGCGUAUGCAUACAAAUCUAAGCUCGUGACCCCAUCUAUAGUUGCAGAAAGGUUUAUUUCAGCUAUGGAUGAGUUCAACAAUAAGAAGCCUCCAAUGCCAUUGUUGAUUUCCUAUGAUCCUGAGCUAAUAAGAAAGCAAGCUGCAGCUUCCACCCGAAGGUUUGAGGAAGGAAACCCGAUAUCAGUCCUUGAUGGAAUAUUUGUUGCAAUCAAGGACGAUAUUGAUUGUUGUCCUCAUCCCUCAAAAGGAGGAACAACUUUCUUUCACGAGGUUCGUCCUGUGAAAGAGGAUGCAGCGACCGUUGCAAGGUUACGUAGCUGUGGUGUGAUCUUGGUCGGAAAGGCGAAUAUGCAUGAAUUAGGCCUGGGAACAAGUGGAAAUAAUCCUAAUCAUGGUACAACAAGAAAUCCACAUGCUCCUGAAAGAUAUACUGGUGGAUCAUCUUCAGGCCCAGCUGCAAUUGUUGCUUCUGGAUUGUGUUCAGCUGCAUUAGGAACAGAUGGGGGAGGUUCUGUACGUAUUCCAUCCUCUCUGUGCGGUGUAGUGGGGCUGAAAUCGACAUAUGGAAGAACUGAUAUGAAAGGGUCAAUAUGUGAUUCAGGAACAGUAGAGAUUAUUGGUCCCAUUGCAUCUAGUGUUGAGGAUGCAUUACUCGUGUACGCAGCAAUUUUGGGAUCCUCAAUUGCUGAAAGAAUCUCCAUGAAACCUUCUCUCCCAUGUUUACCCAACUUAACUUCACACAAGGGUCCAGACAUCCUUGGAUCAUUACGACUAGGCAAGUAUACAGAGUGGUUUAAUGAUGUAUUCUCUGCUGAUAUCACUGUUAAGUGUGAGGAUGUUCUCAAUCGUUUAUCCGAAGCACACGGAUGCAAGACAGUGGAGAUUGUUAUCCCAGAGCUUCAUGAGAUGCGCACUUCCCACAUUGUUUCAAUUGGUUCCGAGGCAGCUUGUGGCUUGAAUCCUGAUUUUGAGGACGGAAAAAGGGUAAAAUUUACACACGACACUCGGACAAACCUAGCUCUUUUCCAGUCUUUCUCAGCAUCAGAUUACGUUGCUGCUCAAUGUCUGAGGAGAAGGCUAAUGUACUACCAUAUGGAGAUCUUCAAAAAUGUGGAUGUUAUUGUCACUCCUACCACUGGGAUGACAGCGCCUGUUAUACCCCCAGCUUCACUAAGUUCAGGGGAAACAAAUUUGCAAGUUGCAGAGUACAGUGCUGAUCUAUUCUCAGCUUUUAAAAUUNAUUUCUUCUCUAUGCUUUCGUUCGUUAUUCAGGUCGGAUAUGACAAGCAGGGACUUCCGAUUGGCCUACAAAUUAUUGGCCGGCCAUGGUGUGAGGCUACAAUUUUACGUUUGGCUGUUGCAGUAGAGGAACUUUGCAGCACACCAAAGAAAAAACCGUUGCAAUUUUACGACAUGUUGAAAGGGAACUGAACACAAAGGACUAUACAUCAUUCAUCACUGAUUGUUUAACCUAUUUCACAUGGGGCCAAUGGUUGGUUUGUUAAAAAGAAAAUAAAAACCAAAAUAUUGUUUAAACCCACAUGUGAUCUAGGGUUGAUUUUAUAAAACAAGCAAAUUUCGAAACUAUUCUGCCCCCGAGGAACUGCAAUUUAACUAAAUACAUGAAUGUGUUUUGAGAUAUUGCCAUCUUUUUGUUUACUAACACAAGUGAGCAAAAGAUCUGAAAAAGCAUAUGAUAUGAUGUAAUCCAUAUAUCUAAAGAAAACAAUUUGAGACCAAUGGAACAGAAAAUGAAACACAGAUAAUUGCAAAGUGCUAUGUCUUUGCAGAAAAAUAGCCCCCAACACAAUUUGUAGCUAAUAAUGCUCUCGAUAGUAAUGGCAUCUUACCAGACAAUGAGCAAAAAAUGUAGGCUAACAUGAAACUAGGUACAGACUACACAGUACAGCUUCCUACUAGCUCUUUUACAUGACCUAAUAUGGUUGUGCACAUCAUUCACUCGUUUACUCGGUUUUUUAACUCAUCUGACACUGACAGGCUUAUCACCAAUCAUAUCCAAUCCUGCUGUUGAAAGUGGGACUUUCUCCAUUUUAACACCCUCUUUUACUUUGGUAUUGAGUUGGGCGAGUCUUUCUCUUGAUCUGGAUUGCAACCAGCAUCACUAGGAGCAUCAAGGCCAGAUGGGAUCUUUCCAGGAUAAUUAGUU